AAUAAAUGUAAUUUAAAUGUGUGCUGUUAAUUAAUCAAAACCCUCCUUCCGCAGGGAAGUACUGUUCAAGAAAGCCAAGAUGAAGGCUAAAAAGAAACCAAGGCGACGCUCCGACAGCUCAGGAGGCUAUACACUGUCUGAACUUAUUCAAAGCCCCCCUGCUGCAGUUUCCCCAUGCCUCGUGAAGACACGAAAAGACACCUCAACAGAGUCACUGCAGGAGCUGCUCACAUCGGACUCGGAGGGUAGCUGCAUGGGGCUGGGUAGCCCCAGAGAAAUGCAGUCACCAGUCUCUCAUGACAGAGCUGUGGAAGAGAGGGUCUUGUGUCAGAGAAUGAAGAUCCCACCCAAUACAAGGAAUGGCCUCCCACCUCCCCCCACCUCUAGUCCAAAAGAUACCCCAAAGAUCCUUCACAGACCUCCGCAUCCACCUCCAGUGUUGGAUCUUAGAGCCAUCAUGGACAUGGAAGCCAGCUCUGCGCAGACCCUCAAACCAGCUCCUAAAAGCCUAGCAAGUGUUGGUACUCUCUGCAAAUAUUCUCCUACUCCUAUGAAAUUGUCCCAAAAGCAAAGGAAGAUGUUGGCCUUGGCCAAUAAAGAGACCAGUGUGGACGCUACAGCAUCCAAACCCACCCCCACAGUCACACCAUCCAAAAACAGCAGUGGGAAGACCUGGUGAGUGUACUCCAGAAUCUAUCCAUCCAUUUUCAGUACAAUUUAUCCUGUUCAGGCUCACGGGUGUGCUCCAGGAUCAGAAGCACAAAUGGAGGUGGAAGAAAUUAACCUCAUGUCCAGUGCAUUUGUGAUUUCAAGUAUAAAACACAAUUUUUGUUACUUUUUUAUUCUGCAUUGAACCCUCAUAUACGAGGGUCAUUCAAUAAAUAAGGUGAAUUUUUCGGUAUAA